AUGCGUGAAGCACAACAGGAACAGAGCGGACGAUUCAUUGAGCAUAGCGCCUGACCACUAAGCUAACCAGCAAGUACACCGAAACUGUGAAAGUACUCAGUUUUGGAUUAUUCAGUAUGUCCACAAGUGACUUUUACUUGCGAUAUUAUGUCGGGCAUAAAGGAAAAUUCGGGCACGAAUUUUUGGAAUUUGAAUUUCGACCGGAUGGGAAGCUGAGGUACGCCAACAACAGUAACUACAAAAAUGAUGUGAUGAUCAGGAAAGAGGCAUACGUCCACAAGAGCGUCAUGGAGGAACUCAAAAGAAUCAUUGAUGACAGCGAGAUCACCAAAGAAGACGAUGCGCUAUGGCCUCCUCCGGACAGAGUCGGCAGACAGGAGCUUGAGAUCGUCAUUGGGGAUGAGCACAUCUCGUUUACGACCUCCAAGAUUGGGUCUUUGAUUGAUGUCAACCAGUCCAAGGAUCCAGAGGGGCUCAGGGUGUUCUACUACUUGGUUCAGGAUCUGAAAUGUCUGGUUUUCAGUUUAAUUGGCCUUCACUUCAAAAUCAAGCCCAUUUAAAUGCAUCAUAUUUUCUUUUUUUCUUUUCAUUUCGUUAAUUACCUUGUUUUUACUUUAACUGAAUAUGCUGUUUUAGGGGGUUUGUCUGCUCAGAACAUUUGUACAUUUGCUUCUUGUGGAUAUGUUUUUCUCUUUUUAAUAAAUGAUUGGAGAUGA